AUGACGACGGGCACCACAACGACGACGGCGGUGUCACCCUCGCCCUCUGCCUCGUCGUCUCGCCGUCUGCCCCACCAUCUCGCCCCUUUCGCCCCUUUCGCCCUUUCGCCCACCUUGUCCGCCUCUCGCCCACUCGCCCACUCUCGCCCUCUCGCCCACUCUCCCACUCUCCCACUCUCCCACUCCCUCUCCCUCUCGCCCUCUUGCCCUCCCUCUCGCAUCUCGUCCACCCCACCGUCUCACCCUCUGCCACGCCGUCUCACCCACCUCACCAUCUCACCCCCUCUCGACCGGCCGGCCCUCUCGCCCUCUCGCCCUCUGCCCCGCUGUCGUCCAUUCGCACUCGCAUUCGCCCUGCCCAGUGACCAGCGGAGGGCGGAUUGGGCCCAACAAGGAGCGGAGGAGGUGGGUGAGGCCCACAAGGCCAGUGGAGGGAUGGAGGGGACCCCAACGGCGUGCAGCGGCCCCCUCUCGCGUCCCGCCCUCAACGAGCACCCGAGGGGCCCCAUUGAGCACCUGACGACACCCAACGAGCCACCGGUGGGGCGAACAAGCACUGAACGGCCCCACGGAGCGAAGGACGGAGGAGGUGGGGGCGACCCGAACAAGCAAGCGAAGGGAAGAGGGGGCCCGAAUUGA